GAUACAGUGUUGUUAGCAUUUUUCGUAUAAAUAACGCGAGAGAGGUUAGAGUGAACGAGAGAAAGUGAUGGAUUACGAUUUAGCAGCGUUGAAGCUUUUUUGUUCGCAGCUGAAGCAGGCUCGAGAAGUAGCAAUGCCUUGUCAAACUCAAAGUCAAAGUCAAAGCAGCUUCACUCUCGGCGGCCUCCUUUUCCAGCGCCCUUGGUUGCAGGGCGUUCUCGUCUCCGCCUCCGACGCCGGCUCUCUGCUUCUCGACGACGGAACCGACCUCGUCGAGCUCUCCCUCAAUAGCGAGUUUCGCCACCGUCCAUGGAAACUCGGGAUGUAUGUAAUGGUGGUUGGAGGGUAUGCUGCACGUCCAGGGAAGCUUCCCAUGAUCAAGGUUCACAAGAUUGUUGAUCUUUCAUCGUCUCCUAACCGAGAGGCUAUGUGGUAUCUUGAAGUUAUGGAAGCAUACAAACUGUUCUAUCAGCCUCUUGUUGAAGAAUUUACAUGAUGGGAGUUCUUGAUUAAACAGAGAAUGGGUAUUGAGGUUGGCAUCUGACAUAUGGAUUUUCCCUUCUUUUGACAAGUUUAAGUUAGCACACAGAAUUUUCUAAGAUUGAGUUGGUAUUCACAUAUCUAUGAGAAAUCUGUUCUUUGUUAUAAAAAAAUUCUAUGUGCUAGGACUUAGAUGAAUUUUGAUGUAUAUCAUUUCGAUGGCAAGAAAUAUAACAAGGCUAAAAUACUUAGCACGAGUCAAGGAUGUCAAAAUGGUUAUCGAAAUAAUAAAUUUUGAUGAGGCUAAUGUUUCGAUGAGCAAA